AUGGUUUUCAUGUACAGAAGAUUAUUUGGGAAUAUAUUGAUGAAACUAUGGUUACUCAUGCUUUUUUUAGUGGUAUUAUUGUACGCGACUGACGCUCUAGAAGUAUAUUUGUCUGAAAAAAAUGAAAUGAGCUUGCCUACAGAUGGAUCAUCUUCAUUCUUGUCAUCACUACAUUCCAAGUCAAUGUCACAGAAAGCUAACUCUCAACUCAAUAACCUUGUUGAACAAAAUUUUUGGAUUGAAACACUGGUGUUUGCUGAUCAUACGGUGAUGAGUCGUUUCUCUAACAAAACAAUGGCAGAAAAUUAUGUGAAAACAUUGAUGAAAAUGACUGAUGAGCUAUUUCAUCAUCCGUCAUUGGGUGUUAAUAUGAGUUUGGUAAUACAAGAUAUAAUAUGGGUCAGUGAAGCUGAGUCAAAUGAACUGUUAUGGGGUGUAUCAUUAAUUCGCUCUGUUCAUCGAUUUUCAGCUGGUAUAUCUCCACUCAGUCAGAUGUGUCGAAUGCAGUAUUCGUGUACAUUAGCAGAGGAUAGUGGAUUUUUCUCGGCUUAUCCAAUUGCACAUGAAAUUAUGCACAGUCUUGGCGUUGAACAUGAUGGUGAAGGGAAUAGUUGUGAUCGUUCUGGUUUUACUGGAAAUAUUAUGGCACCAUUAAUUCUGUCUGCAGGUCAUAACCAUCACUGGAGUGAUUGUACAAGACUGGUACUUCAUAAUGGUCUAGAAUCACAGAAAUUUGCUUGUCUUCAAGACUUUCCCAUAUUUAAACAAGAAUAUAUAAAUUCUGCCCUACCCGGUUGGCAGUGGUCACUUGAUCAACAAUGUUGCGUUAUAUCUGGAUCGAACAUAAGUCAACAUUGCCCUGGAGUUGAAGAGCAUGCAUGCCAAGAAUUGUGGUGUUCAGUAAGCGGUUCAAAGGAUCACUGUGAUAGGAUGUUAAAUCAUGGUUUACUGGACGGCACUCCAUGUGGUAAAAUGAAGGAAUGCUUCCAAGGUAAAUGUAUUGAUGUGAGAUCUGAAGAUAUCAAAAUCAAUCAAGAAUUAAGUGAUUUUUCACCGUGGUCCGCGUGCUCAAGAAGAAAUGGGAUCGGUACACGCUACCGUGUUCGAAAGUGUACUAGUCGAUUUAAUUAUCGAAGGAUCUCAAAUAUAUGUGAAUACAAUGAGAAAGAGAAUAUAAUUGAAUAUGAAUUGUGCAGCACUAAUACAAAUGAAGAAUAUUCAAAAUAUAUAGAUUAUCGAGAACAGCAAUGCUCUCGAUUCAAUAACUUUAAACUUAAAGGAAUACAUCAUAAAUGGUUACCUCAUAUUUAUCCUCAAAGACCCUGCCACUUAGGCUGUUAUUCAUUACAGAAUGGUCAAAUUCUUGAUGCAUCUAUGUCAGUUCGUGAUUCGACACCUUGUUCUUAUGAUAAUCCUGAUGCACGUUGCGUUCAAUCCGUCUGUAUUAAUUUUGACUGUUUGGGAGAAGUGAAUGGUACUGCUAUGAGAGAUCAAUGUGGAGUAUGUCAAGGAGACAAUUCAACUUGUAAACUUAUACAGCAUAGAAUUCAACGGACACUUCCAGCAAAUGAAAACUAUCGUAUGCUGUAUGUGAUUCCACGUUAUGCAAGACAUUUAAAGGUUAUAAAGAAUCAUGGUAAUCAUGUACUGGGUCUUUUCGAUAUGUCACAUUUUCAGUUCUUUCUCAGAGGUGAAGAUUUGGAACCAGGAAGUAAAAUAAGACGUGUCUAUUUCGCUACAGAAUUUACAUUUGAUCGGGGAAAUGAAAUGGGAAGUUCAAAGGAAGACUUUAUUCAAAUCUACACAAAAGGAACGAUUUAUGGAGAUGUAGCCAUUCAAGCUCGAAACUUCGAUAAUAAAAAACAUCGUGAUCCAUUGAACGUUCAGAUAAGCUAUUUUCUACCCCUUGGUGUAUAA